AAUCAGUUUUUAGUACUUUUACAAUUUUCAAGAUCAUGCAUUAUUGUACUGCAAACUACCUAUAAAAGACCCACUCAACAAACUUUAAGUCGAAGUCAACAGCUUGUUAGUUGUUGCUGUUCCGAAGAUAGGUCCGUGGAUGUCCUGGCUAGGUGACAGAACGACCUCCCCACCUUAUUGUAGAUUAGCAUCCUUGUCGUGGCUAGCCACCGAACCCCGAGUCCACAAUUACAAUGCCUAAUGAUUUCGGUUUGAGAAUUCACGGUGCCUCCCAGAUUGUCCUAAUCUGCAGCAAUGGCGAAAAGGUGCUCAGCGGUGAGGCGCAGAAGUCGGUGGUUACGUUGGAGUCCAGCAAAGGCCUGACGGUGAUUGUUGACUUAUGGGGUCAAAUUCGCGACUUCGGCGAAGAUGAUGAGAUGUGGAAGAAGUACGAGGGAGCUGUAUAUCAGGGAUACCUUGAUGCUACUGGAAUGUGUAUCAUGCCAGGGUUGGUUGAUGCACACACGCAUCCCGUGUGGGUUGGUGAUCGUGUUCAUGAAUUCGCAAUGAAGCUGGCAGGUGCAACGUACAUGGAUGUGCAUGCAGCUGGCGGUGGCAUACACUACACCGUGGAUCAUGUGCGUAAAGCCAGCCUGGAAGAGCUGACCCAGCCGCUGGUCGGCCGGCUCAGACGCAUGAUGCAGGGUGGCACCACGCUGGUCGAAGCCAAGAGCGGCUAUGGCCUGGACGCACCCAGUGAGAUCAAGAUGCUGCGUGCUAUCGAGAAGGCACGAUCCAUCGUCCCGAUUGACAUCAGCUCUACCUAUUGUGGUGCUCAUGCCAUACCAAAGGGAAGCACUGAAGAGAAAGCUACUGAUGAUGUGCUAAAUGUGCAGCUGCCUGCCAUUCAGCGUCUCAGAGAGGCUAAGGAGCUGAAGGUGGACAACAUUGAUGUCUUCUGCGAGCAAGGAGUGUUUGGGAUUGACAACACUCGCAGUAUUUUAGUAGCCGGCAAGAAUCUUGGUAUGGAGGUCAACUUCCAUGGUGAUGAACUUCACUACACCGGCUCAGCCGAGCUGGGUGCAUCACUAGGUGCCCGUGCCAUCAGUCAUCUGGAAGAAGUGAGCGAGGCCGGUAUGGAUGCCAUGGCGGAAGCGGGCAGUGUAGCUGUACUAUUGCCAACCACGGCGUACAUGCUGAGACUAAAGCAGCCACCUGCACGGCAGAUGAUCGAGCGAGGUGUUCCCGUGGCACUCGGUAGUGACUUCAACCCAAAUGCCUACUGCAUGUCUAUGCCCAUGGUGAUGCACUUGGCUUGUGUCAACAUGCGAAUGACCAUGCCGGAAGCCCUGGUAGCUGCCACCAUCAACGCGGCAGCAGCGCUCAACAAAUCGGACACGCAUGGCUCCAUCGAGAGAGGCAAGGCAUGUGACUUCGUGCUCAUCCAGGCACCAUCGUGGGAGCAUCUUAUCUACCGCUUUGGAGACAGUUCUCUAAUUCGGUAUGUGAUUAAAGGUAAUGACAUACUAUAUACCAACCCGGUGCUAUAUACCGAGCGGACGCAAGACGUGGAUCUCUGAGACACAUCCUUCUCAGAUCAUGGCAGAGAAAGAAGAAAAAAACUACUGGUAUGAAACCUGGUGAUCACCCCAGGCUAAAAUUAAUUAUCAAUACUGUCUUAGAAUAGUGGUACACUUUGAUGUUUGAGAAUGCUGCAUGCUUACCACAGAAUAAUGUGAACAUUUUAUGAGCAGGAAUUGCAGGAAAGACUGAAUACAUGCUAUUGUUAGUGCACACACACACAUUGCUGCGCGUGCUUUCGGUGAUUAGUUAUUAACAAGAACUUGUUUCCGCUUUCUAACUCUACCCAUGUCAUUUUACCUUAUUCAUGGACUGAAGAAUUGUGGGCUGAAGAAUUGUUUCUAGUUGUGUCUCUGCUUCAUUUUUUAACGCUAUGGCCAUUUAACCUUUUUACCAUGGAACUUCACGUAUCAUUUCUUGUAUUGCAUUGUAUUCAGUUUCUUUAACUUGUGACUAUCUAUG